CUUAUUUCUUUGUAUUUGACGACCCUACGUCGAGGGUUUCACUUGCGCGCAGAGAAGUCGAUCCACUCCGUCGACGCCCACCUUUCGUUCCCUCGUCUCCGCCUCCUGAAUCUUUCAAGUUUCUUUGCCGGGCGAACAUGUCUGGGGAGGAGGAAGAGAACGCCGCCGAACUAAAGAUCGGCGAAGAAUUUUUGAAGGCAAAGUGUUUGAUGAACUGUGAAGUUGCACGUAUUCUGGACCAUAAAUAUGACCAGCUUCAGCAGACGUCAGAUGAUCCUACAAACCAGAUAUCCCAGGUGUUUGAAAAGUCAAUGCAGUAUGUGAAGCGCUUUAGCCGCUACAAGAACCCUGAUGCAGUGAGACAAGUCCGAGAAGUGUUAAGCAGAUAUAAGUUGGCUGAAUUUGAGCUUUGUGUGCUCGGAAAUCUCUGUCCUGAAACUGUUGAAGAAGCUAUUGCAAUUGUCCCAUCUAUCAAGAGCAAAGGGAGGAUGCUUGAAGAUGAUGCGAUCGAGAAAAUGCUGCAUGAUCUCUCACUGAUUAAGAAAUUUGAAUAGUUCCAUUCGUGCAGUGAACGGAUUGAACACUUUCGGGGUGCAGCUUAUUUAGAUUGAUGUUAGUGACUUGUCUAUCCUAUGGGUAAUAAUUAGAACUUAAAACCUUUUGAGACUGUGUAGGAUCUGUUGGACAGAAUCUAUCAAUACAGUUAUCUCCUAAUACCUUGUAAGAGUUGGAUAAUUGAAUCUGAUGUUCAUAAGCAAAUUACCAAAUCAGAUGAUUAUUGGGUGACA